AUGGCGGUAUGGAGCUCCGCGGCCUUCCUGGGCAUGUUCGGUGACCCGUACCUGCGAGGCACGCCGUACGAGGCCGGAGGGGAUCCACAGGCGCUUGUAGGCGCACUAAGCGGCUUGACACGGCUGCUUCAACCGCAACAGCAAGUCCACAAUGGGGCAGACCCCGUGAAUUUUUCGCUUACAGUUGAACAGGAACGAGUGUUGCACACGACGCUGCUACCUCAGUUGGCAUUCUGCGGUCAGUGGGCUGAGAUGGGGGCUAAGGUGGAGGACGCCUCGCAAUUCCAGGCGUUUUUGGCCGAAUGGAAGGCCGAGCUAGCAAUGCUCGAAGUGGGGCAGCCCGUACUGGUGCCCGGUGGCUAUGUAGGCAACGUUAACAGUCACUCAAUCAUUUACGUAGUGGAGAAGACGAAGGAUACAGAAUAUUCGUUCACAGUGUGCAACAAAGGCCCAGGAGCGGAGAUGUACCACCCGUGCAAGGUGGAGGGAGGCGCCGACAAGAUCCGCGUGCAAUCUUGCAUUCAGAUCAGUGCUAUCCCAGCUACUCGCUUCCUGGAUAUGGCUUUCUGGACGCUUUUAUUCUCGCUCUGGGUGCGCAAACCGCCAUCUGAGUACCAUCGAGUGGAGACCAUCUAUGAUGUACUAUUACCCUGGCUCGCGGGCGACAAGUUGUUGCCGUUGGCGAGCGAGACGACUGAGACACAAGCACCCACUGAUUGGACGACCGCAGCUUUUGGCGGCGUGCACACAGCGCAACGCAGUCAACUGGGCUUCUGCAAGAGCGUGGUCGAAGCAGUGCGAUAUUUGUGUCUGCGUAGCCGAGCCUUCACGAACGACGAGGUGGAAUAUGCCAUUCUGUACAAGCUGCGCUACCGUCUGUUCCAGCAAGUCGGCACGCUGGACAAUGCACUGCGAACACUGUCCACCAUCUCGCUGCAGGAUUCGCUGCAAGGCACUCACACAGUGACAGAUAUCGAUCCAGAAGCUGUUGUUGGUAUUUAUUUCGCACUGUCCAACGAGAGUCUACAUGCAGCAGGAAAGAAGCUCAUCGUAAUAGUGGUCUCCGUUGACCAGGAACAAGCUGAUUACACAGCUUUUGUGGAGAGUUUGCCAGACCACACGUGGCGUAUGGUCCCUUUUCCCGAAAUGGAAGCUCGGAAGCAACUCAUCCAGACGUUUAGUGUCACGAAAGUGCCUCAACUCGUUUUGCGAGGAUCCGAUGGGGAUAUCUUGACGCCUAUGGGAAAAGAAUUGGUGAUGUCGGACCCAACAGGCGAGUUUUUCCCCUGGACAAGCGAAGACUUCGCGUUACCAAAAUCAACUCUGUCACUGUCUGAGACCAAGUGCAUUGCUAUGGGUGUCAAGCAAAUUGGUCGGAAAACGCUGAUACACCAUGCACGUAAGAACAUCCAAGCUAAUGGUCUUAGCCACGUGAACAAGCUGAUGCGCCAGACAGAAGAACUCAUAGAGUCGGUAGGGGUGACUGCUAGCUCUGAAGGCAAGAGCAAGCGUGGCACUUCUGCACUGGGUGAAACGCUUUCUUUUACGCCUCACGCUAACGCGGAACUGCUUCAGCUGCCAGGAAACGAGGGCGAAUAUGCGGGAAAUGCGUCGGAGCUCGAAAUUCCUGCUCUCAACAAUUUCCUAGAUGUACCUGAGCGCGUCACUUCUAUCGCUCUAGCGGUCGCGGCGUUUGUCAGGUGCGAGGCUUUGUGUGAGUCUUUGCUGAAGCGAGCUGCAGAGGGUUCGUCAUCUUCUAGGAUGUCUUUGCAUCUCGAAGUUAUCCAGCUUAUUACAAGUGUCCUGGUGGAAGUGUUACCUGUGCCGGAGCCUGUGAGUUCAGACGGCACAGCGUCACCCACCUGCAUGUGGCGUCAACCUGUCACGAAGGACAUGCAGCUUCGGUGUCUGAAUCACUUGCAUUCCUUGCUGAUGAUUCUUGGAUCAGUAUGGCAAUCGGUGGAGCAGCCGAGUCGCCAGUUUGACUCGGAGCGCGCGCUUGCGGCCUUGUGUGUGUUAUCCAUCUACGAUGCUGUAGUUCGCACCCCGGCAGCAGACAAACCUCUCGAAAUAUCGCUGAUGAUGGAAGAAGAAGGUGGAUAUGUACUAGCGCACACGUUUUGCAAAGCUAAUUUCUCGAUCCAGAAAUUGACCUCGGCGAUGGAGUUUGCACGGCCAAACUUUUGUGUGGUCCGAGGCCAAGUGCUCGCUUAUUUCCACAUCCACGACGCAAAGGGCAAGCGACAACUUUUCGAUUUCCACAUGCCUGAGGACAAGAUUGAAGUGAAGAAGUAUUCAACGACGCUCUUGUUUUUCCGUCAACUUAUGGAGCGGUAUCACUACCCGUUAAUCGAUCCUAACAACCAAACUCCACCAACCGAAAUGGAAGCGUUGAUGGAGUGGUUCUGUAGCGAUACCACGCCCAUGGCAGAUGAUCACCCAGAAGUGGGGUUGACUCGCGACUUAGUCAUGGUGGUGAAGUUUCUAGCUACGAUGGAGACAAAGGAGGUCGAGCUGAUGAGGCGUCGUACUGCGCACCAGCACUGGCAGAUGUGGCAGCUUUCGUUUGAUGACUCAUCGGCAACUCAUCGACGAAACUUUUUCGGUAUGCGAGGACUGAAUCGAAUUCUUCAUGCUACGCUAAAGUGGGAGGUAGUUAACUUCCGUGGAAGUGACCAAGAUAUCGCUGAUGUUGAGGUGAAAGGGUUUAUGGAGAGAAAGGUUUACUUUGGCGAGGGGCCGGUUAUUACAAGUCCUGCGAAUUUAAGUGCUCUUCUUGUUAAAAGCUCGAGCAAUGCGUCCGCAGAAGGUCUUCCUACUGUCAUCACGGAAGAUGAUAUCAUGCAUCUGACUGAUCUACCCACGUACACUGGGACGCUAUCUGCGGAAGAAUCGGAAUGCCUCAUGAGCUACUUGACGGUACCGUACACACGGAUUCCACUCGUAGUGUCAUUCUUUUCGUCGCGAGACCGCGUGACGUAUCUGUUCAAUCCGAUGUUGCAACAGCUGUUUCGUGCCGUUUUGUUCGAAGGUGGAGACUGGGUUUCUGAUGAAAAAGCUGAAGAGAUUUCCCACAUUCCGCUACGAAAAUCAAAUCUCGUAAUGCAUGAGGAAGCCAUCCAACGGACGUUUGAUGCUCGAGUUCACCACCAAAAGUGUGAAGACCAUUUGGGCACGAUGAAUGGGCUACUGCUGAACGAACUUAUUCACGCCCCAGAGGCGAUUGUGGUCCCGUUGUUGAAGAUGCUGGAUGCUGUGAAGGAGCUGGGUGAGGCGUCAGUCCAUUCGGCUGACGCUCGCUUUAUUCUUUUUAUGAUUAAGUUGGGAGUGGAUAUUUUGCGCUACAUGACAUUCGCGCUCGACCGAUGCAUUGCUGGUGAUGACCGGGCUCGUGUUGAAAAACUGGAGGAAUACCGGUAUCAAUUGAUGAAGUACGGGUUUGGUUUUGCACAUGCAACGCUUAACAAGUGGAGGAAGGAAGCCGAAGACGCAAACAACCUCCAGACUGCGUGCGUUAUUCACUCCUACCUGGUACUUCUUCAUGUGAGCUUGCGGCCUUCGGAAUACGACGCCCAGAAAAUCUCCGAGAUGAUAGGUUCUAUUGCGUAUGUUCACAAUUGGCAUUGUUUCGGGAUGAAGCUAUCCACCGACAGUGAUGAUGAGAACGGAGGACUAUCAGGAGAAGAGCGACUCCUUCGUUGGCUUCAAGCCCAAGGUAUCGACACAGGAAAUGUCAGCAAGAAAUCCCUUGACAAAUAUUUGAAGGGGCGACCUCUGUACUUGAAGAUUGGCAUGCAGACAAUUCAAGCGCCAAGUAUUGUCGCGCUUCGGAACAGCGAAGGAAAAGAGCUGCAACUACCACCUGGUGAUGUCCUUGAAGCAGAGAUUUUUGAGAUUAUGCAGUUGCAUCGUCGCUCCAUCGUGGAUUGGCUGGCAGGUUUGCCAAAAGCCAACCGAAACAAAGUUCUGGGUGGUAUUGUCCGAAUUGCUCUCCGCUCAGACGAACAAACCGACACGUGGGAAUGGAUCGAGGAAUCUGGCGUCGGGGGUGCAGGAAAAUAUAGCUGUCGUCAACAAGAACUAAAACUUGAUGCUCAGACCGGAGAAAUUCUGUGGAGAAACGAUGAGUUGAAACCUGUUCCGGACUCGAUGACCCAAUAUGCCGACUUCAUGGCCAUUUUUGGAAACAAAUCGCUUCAUUGCGGUCUUGUCGCACGCCAAGAGCAUCGCCUGUGGGUCAAUAUUGUUGGCACGGAUUUUCAACUUGUCGAAUGGGAUGACCCAACAGACGAAGUAGACCAGGGUGUGGGUGCUCCUGUCGUGUAUGAGCCUGGGGCUGCAGGUAACGCAGACGACCCAAGUGAUAACUCUCAAGAGCUUAAAAUGUACUGGGAGUGUCCAGCCUGCACAUGCGCAAACUUCAACGGUGACAAUCCUAACGCUGCAUGCGAUGUAUGUGGCACUCCUCGGGUUGCACGUGCUCCACCACAGCCAUCACGAGGAAAGCAAGAAGAAAAGCCCAAGCAACCUGGUGAUGACGGAUUUCGCUAUCUUGGCAAGGUUUAUUCGCGUCCGUUUGAUAUUUACUCGGAGGAGGAACACGCUCAUACCGGCGAACAGUGGCUUGUGGAUCUGGUGGGCAACGCGCUACGUCUCAUGUACCCUCCAGUACCUGAUGACAAGAAGUUGCCUUACACAUUGUUUCUUCCCAGUGACCCGCUGCCAGACAGCGCUGCUCACGUACGGUUGAUUGGACUUGAUCGAGGCUCGGAUGAUAAAGACAAGGAGAAGAUCGCGACUUUUAAGGAAAUUGUGGCGUACCGAACCAUGCAGGUGAUGCACAUCUACGCACUGGUAUCACACGGACGCAGACUCUAUCGCAAGCUUAUCUUUACGUCAAAUUCUCGCCUGAGUCUUCACAGCUUCGCUUUGAACAUUUCUCCUGAUCAAGGUCCAGUCGAUCCAGCGCUGUUGCGUGCUAGCGGUGAGCCCACUGAGCGGCAAAUGCUGGGAGGAUCUCUCAUUAUAUUACGCAAGAAUCAUCUACUCCAUGGCACGGAGCAGUUCGUUCUUUCUCGCCUUUUGCAGGGUGUUGUUCCGAGCUGUUUGCUGGAGAGUUUCCGCUUUUGGAUGGGUGAGGAUGGACGACUUCGAGGCGAGCCUGUGGAUUCAAAGUCACAGUGGUUCCGAUAUCGAGUGGAAGUUGAGAUGAACAAGAAUGGGCAGGCGUUUAUCAGUCGGAAGUCUAUCAUGACUUCAUUUUCUCGUAUCUACCGUGACAGUCAGGAGAAAGAGCGAUCUGCAGCUAGUAGCCAGAUGCAACCUCCACCAGCGCCAAUUCGAGAACCUGGGAGAUCAACGACGGAAGCCUCUCACACUCCAUCAUUUCCAUCGCCAGAGUCUAUUGAGAUUAGUGAUGAUGACGUGGUCCAACUUAUGGCUAUGGGUUUCUCGUACGCUGGGUGUGGUCUUGCCUUACGCGAGAAUCAUAAUAAUGUCGGCUUGGCAGCUCAAUGGCUGCUCGAUGAGAACAAUCAGAUGAAAAUUCUUGCCGCUGAAGAAGCAGCUGCGUCUGGCGAGGUUGCUCUCACCCCGGAGGAGCAGCACGAGCAAAACAUUGGACUGCUUAUGAGCUUGGAGGGCUCACCAUCACGAAGUGCAGUUGAGUAUGCAUUGGGUCUAUUUGGCAACGAGCUGGAGCUAGCUACAGCGUGGUUAUCGGAUCCCGCUAAUCGUGCGGAGAUCCAACGAGCAGAAGACGAGUUACCUACGCCAAUGGAAAUAGAUGAGGAGUCGAAAGGUGGGGAGCACGAUGAUGAUGCGCUGGAAGUUGUUGAAGAAACCGUUGGGGAGACGUUAUAUCUCCUGAGCGUGCUCGAGGCGUGCUCGGCACGUGAAAGUGAUGAGGUUCUUACAUUGUGCGAACUGCUUACUCGUGUGGAGGAUCUGUCACACGUUCUAGUGUGGUGUACCAGCAAGGAUGAGACGACCACGCCUUCUGGAUUAUCCUCAAUCGCUUUCAUCGAGCUACCAAGAUUGAAGUUGAAGCUUCAACCGAUGAGUGAUCCAGAGACUGGACGCUUACGUCUAAACGUGAUGGAUCAGAACGGCUGGUUUGUGAGUGACCUAACUGUUGCGAUGCCGGACGAUACGUCUAAAUAUCUUCGAGGACUCGUCGAGAUUGCUCCGGAUUGCUUUGUCCUCGAGUCGGAUACGACGGAUCUGAAACUUGUCUGUCCUAAUCACGAUCUUUAUCGUCCAGCAAUACGCGGGGAACCAUUUUCUUCGAUUCUCGUUAGUGAUCGCGGUUCGGUGGGCUGGCAACAAGCGAUGGAAACGAGAUUUUACACAUAUCCUGUUCAUUCGAGCAACACCUUUCUGCUUUCUUCAUCGCUGAGCUCAACGCUAUACCUGAUUCUUACUAGCUUGCUCACUCGCAAUUAUUCCGCAGCGAUGGAGCUGAUACUGGGGUGCAAUGUGGACGUGAAAUUUACCGACGAAGAAAAGCGAGUGUUCGAUCAGCUGGCCAAGACACUUGACGAUCGCCAUCCGAAUGCCUGUGCAUGUCGUAUUCGUCUGUCUCUAGGUAUCGCCUACAGUGACAACAAGGCUCCGUGGAAAUUGAGUGGGGAAUUGCACGACUAUCUCACCACUAGUGAUCACGUCGAUGCUUCAUGCAAGCUCACUUUAGAGGAGGAGAAGGAAGCUCUAGCACAUUGCCACCAGCGGUCCCCUCUUUUGUUGCUGCGCAAGGAGUUCUGUGACCACGUCCAACCGGAUAUCGCGACGAAAAUUGACUUCAAGUUAACUCGAUCACGCGUUGGUGGCCAGCCGUGGAUGAAGCUUCGCUUGUAUAGCAAAGGGUAUCUUGCGGCUCAUGGUAAAAAGCUUUCGACGGUGCGGUAUAACCGACCGAAGCAUGGAGUCGGGAUUGAUAACAAGUUUUUGAUCGACGACGAGGAAGCAGGUAAAUUGGUGUGGAACUGCGCUGUUGUUGGUGACGAGAUCAGUGGAACAAACCGAGGACUGGGCUUCCUCUUCUUGUACGAGUGUCUGAAUCAGCAGCUUGUUGUUCGUAUGGGUGGCGAUGAUUGCACGCGCUCGUUUGGAGAUUUGUUUACACGCUUUUUGCACUUAAAGCUGUCAAGAUGGGGUCGUGAAACCGUGGAUGACGGUGAAGAGGAAUGCGCACCAUCAUUUGCAAUGGCACAGCUGGCAAUGGUGAUCGCACAUCCUGAUGGUGGUUGGCCUUCAUCUCCGUGCGACCAAGAAAGCGUGCACAUGCUCUCUCGUGGUGCGAAUCUGUACUCCAAGAUGACAGUGGGGACGAUGUUAAAGCACUUUUUCGAUUUCGGCGAGAUGGAAUUCCAAUCCAAGCUCGAGUCCGAAGAGCAUCAGAGUCGUGUCAUUGGCCCGAUUAAAGCUCAGUUCAGUGAGUUACACCAUUCUGCCGAGCAUGUGUUUAAGAUACCUGUUACUCCCACGGACGACUCGACGAAUUUCGACGCGUCAAACGCAUCUUGUGGUGAGCGUCACUUUGUUGGAGGCAAGGACUGCGUCAUUAACCCCGAGUUUCCGUUGGAAGCAAUUGAUGUAAAACGAUUCAUCACCUUCUGCGAUCCAGAGGCUGAAGUGCGGACAACGCUACCGUUUGAUCUGUCAAGCCACCCAGUCGCUCAAACUGCGGCUGCAAAAGAUUUGCUGAAGCGACUCGGCGAUGACAUUGCUAUUAACGCAAACGCAGUAAAUGGCAGUAAGGAUGCGUUCAUCACGGGUGUGACUCCCAUGAAUUUGUCGAUGUCUGGUGAACACAAGUCAAACGGCUCGGCUCUUGAAAACCUUCAAACGCUAAUUCGUCUCUGUGAAGAGAUGAGGACGAGUGACCGCAAGAUGGUAGAGGAAGGAAUUGCGACGCUAGAACUGCAGUUGAACGAGAUUCGUCGCGAUAUCCAUGGAAAUGCUGAACAGGUUGCCGCCGCGGAUCGCUUUGUGAUGCAGCGUCACGUUGGUUUAUAUCCUCGUGUGACCUUCGACUUCCUCACGUCUCUUUUGGCGUCCGACUCGUUUGAAGUAGAUCUCAAGGCCCGAAAUCCGUUUGUGGUGGACGUGACUGCGGAUCUGGUUGAGAAAAUUUUGCUGGUUCUCCUCCUCUGCAGCCGCAUUGUGCACAUCAACCGAACAGUGCAAGCUGCUCGUGCUCUUGUCAAACACCUCAACGGUCUUGUUGCCCCUCGAGGUGUCGAGGACUGGUCGAGUAAGCUAAAGAUGACUCGGCAAGCAUCUCGAGAUUUGGCUGAUGUGCUGCUAUCGAAGCGAUAUUACCUUCAUGGAUCUACUCAAGGAGCGACCUCAGGGUGGCGGUUUGAUCCACGCUUCUUGGUGUUCGAAUACGUCUUCGACAUCUUAUUGCGCGGACGACAAGUUCAAAUGAUUGACAGCUUUAUGACAAGUCUGGCGAAGGGUGACUCCCGCGUGCAACAAAUGAUCAUGGGUGCGGGUAAAACGACAGUGGUUGGCCCUCUGCUAACCUACAUUCUCGCUGACAAAGAGCAUCUGGUGAUGCAUGUCAUGCCAACGGCACUUCUAGAACAGUCUCGCCAGGUUUUGCGAAGUCGCUUUAGCAAUCGCGUCCUGCGCAAACGUAUCUUCACGUUCGAGUUCGAUCGCGCCAUUAGUGAUGACCCCGCUGCUGCUUUGCAGAUGUUCACGAAGCUGGACCGCGCUCGUCGUCAUGGUGACGUGGUAUGUGCCUCUCCAGAGUCGAUCAAAUCGAUGAUGCUCAAGCUCGUGGAGCUACUGCACUCGCUAGAUGAAUCAUCCGACAUCAUUGAGCUGCCUCUCACUUCAGCAUCGCAGAACAUUAGACGCCUUAGGCGUGUGCUCGAAGAUCGUUCCGAGAUGGCUGAUGAACUCCACAAGACUCUCAGGUUAUGGCAAAAUGGUAUCUUGAUUAUGGACGAGGUGGAUGUGUUGUUGCAUCCGCUACGGUCGGAGCUCAACUUCCCCAUUGGCAACAAGUUCCCCAUUGAUCUUGCUGCCAACAGGUGGGAGCUUCCCAUUUACCUGAUCGAUGCUGUUCUUGCAUCGCCAAAUGACUCGAAAGACCCUUCUGGAUUAAUCCCGCGAUUGCAUGCCGUGCUGGACGAAGGAUACGCUGCACAUACCUUGCAGCGUUUCCCGCACCUUGUGCUUUUGGACAUGGAGUUUUACGAGGCGAGAAUGUUACCACUACUCUCGGAAAUUGCUAUUGAAUGGUUGUUGAAGCUCUUCCGUAUGGGCAAAAUGGAGGUGUCAGUCGAUCGAAUUAAGUAUUAUCUGGAGUGCCCUCGUCCAGAACUUCAUACCGAUGCUUCUCUUCGAACUGAUAUCGAGAACGGCCUCUCCGAGUCUUCGAUUAAGCUGCUUAAUCUUGCGCGCGAUUGGUUGCGUACGAUCCUGCCUCAUGUUCUUUCCAAGAUCAACCGAGUGUCCUAUGGUCUUCUGAGAGGAGAACAUCAAGCGGCAGCGGCUUCAGGACACAGUGGUGGCAACGCACAUUCACGGUUGAUGCUGGCAGUUCCAUUCAUCGGAAAAGAUGUGCCGAGUCGCUCAUCCGAGUUUGCGCAUCCCGACGUGUUGAUAGGACUGACCAUUCUUGCCUAUCGCUACGAAGGGAUCCGCGUAUCAGAUCUUGUUCGCAUCGUGUCGCAACUAAAGCAAGACUUUAGUCGCCAGCUCGGGCCACGUGACCAACGUCCAGCCUGUGCCAUGUUCCGCGAGUGGGUCCGAAUUGGUCUAGCUGCGCUCUCGUCGGAAAAGCAAGACGCCCGUCUUGGUGGUGUACUUCCACUGCCUCUUUUCCAGCUUCGUGACUCAGCGCAAGUGGCACGGCUGCACUUCCUCGUAGCUAAGCUUGCAGGCGUGGUGUAUUACUAUGUGCGACAACACGUUUUCCCGUCGUGUAUGAAUUUCCAGAAGCUGAAGAUCUCAGCUUGUGGCCAUGAACUCGGCAGUAAUUCGCUCUUCGCGAAACGAAUUGGCUUUUCGGGAACGCCAUCGAACCUGCUACCGAUGGAUCUAGGCGAAUGCUACUACGAGCCUCGCAGUGAUGGCAGUAUUUUCGAAGCUCUCACAAACAAUCGUAUUGUGUCUAUCGAGCGUAAGGUGGAGUGGACGGCUCGAAGUUUGCUGCUGGAUAUCGCCCACGCACAACCGCCAGUGCAUGCACUGAUUGAUACGGGUGCACUGAUCACAGGUUUCGACAACCAGGAAGUUGCUGCGUUCUUGUUGGGCGAGCUGCCUGCUGAAAUGGAAGGAGUCGUGUAUUUGGACGAGAAUGACCGACAGAUGAUCUUAUUGCGUGAUCAUAACGCUCCCAUGCCACUAGUGCAGUGCGGAUUAAGCCCAAGCAAGAGAUUCACGUUCUAUGAUCAAGUGCAUACGACCGGAAUGGAUAUUAAACAGUGCGUGAAUGCACGUGCUGUCGUCACGUUAGGCAAGGAUAUGACGUUCCGCGACUACGCCCAGGGUGCUUAUCGUAUGCGUGGCAUUGCUACUGGGCAGUCGAUAUGUCUGUUCCUGAUUCCUGAAGUUGAGAAUCGUAUUCGUCAUGAAUUGAAACUUGCUCAAGUUGAAUUGAGCUCGCAGGGAUCAGCACAACAACGUCUGGACGAGUUUCUCCUGCUCGUGCCAGCUUGGCUUCUCGUCAACUCAAUGCGUAUGGAAUCCAUGCAACUUGUUCAGCUGUCGCUCCAGGAACUGCAUAAUACGUGGCGUAGACGUGCUCUGUGUUCUUUGCUGAAUGAAAUUGCUUCGGCCACGUCCAAGAAUGCUUCUCUAUCAUCUCGGCUACGGCGGUUUAUUGGUCGCAAGGAUGACAGUGACAAGGCCUGGCUUCGCAAGUGCAUCGCGAUAUUCCGCGUAGAGAUCUCCUAUACUGUGGAGGCCGCUGUACCGACAAAGAAACAGCUGUCGGAUGUUAUUGAAAACCUCAUUCGGAAUCAUGAAGAUUUCUUGAAGACAGACGAGGAGACAAGCCGUGUAGGUGCCGUACAACAACGACUAGCCCAUUCAUCAGGAAACCAUCAGCAAGUACUUGCGGAGGAUGGAUCGCAGCAAGGAGAUCUACGUCUCACCGCUGAGGUUGUGCACGAAAAUGAGGCUGAAGCAGAGGAAGAAGCCGAGGAGGAAGCCGAGCAGGAAGAGCAGAAGAUGAGUGCGUUCACGCGUGAUGACGAACACCCGAUUCCAUGGAGCGCCUCAGUUCUUGCUCAGCCACCUACGGGAAGUGCUGCAGGAUCGACUGAAGAUGAAGAGAUGAAGACAGCAGCUCAGCAACAGCACGAUGAAGAGGCAAGUGUGUUCUACCCGUUUGCACAGUUCCAAGCCCACUCGGAGUGUCCGAGGAUUGCGUUCCCUCAGGAGUUGCUGAUGUCUGGGAACUUUUUCCGACGUCGAUGGGUUGGUCUUGGCGAACGUCGCGUUAAGAACGUCGGACUUAUUCUCGAGUGGUCCCCGCUACUCCACCAGGAAGCGAUGAAGACUGUCGUGCAGCAGCUCUUUAUGGCGAUUAUGGCAGACGGAUCUAGCGGUAACGCAAACGAAAUUGCAGUGAAGGCUCUUCAACAGGCUGCUGAAAUGGCUACGACGAGUCCGGACGCGGUUUCCGAUGCAGUGAAGGAUGCCGUGGUAAGCACGAUGAGUAAGUUGCCAGUGUAUUUGGCGACGUUGUCGCUAGCUGAAGGCGAGACGAUUCGUCGUAUGAUCCACACGAAGCACCCGGUGUUCCAAGUAAGUCAGGUGCAGCUCCGUACAAGCGAGGGUGAGCUUGUCGAGAGCUCUUCGUUCUUCUCAUCUUGGACUACAAAGACUACCUCAACAGCUCUUACCGAGAUGACGCCUCGUCAGAAAACGAUUACUGUGGGUGUCCAGUGCUUGCGCUUUUUCAACAAUGAGAUGUAUUACUUCCCGAACGAACUCGAGAUGCUGUUGGAAGGACUGGCUACUGUGCCCAUUUCGCUACGUCACGAGUUCUUCGAGUGUCUGCUUCGUCUACGACGUCGUGAGCGUCACUUGUGGGGGGACACACCGUUGGCUAAAGUGUUCACUGCUCAGAGCGAGUGGCAUUUACUCACCGCACGUGCUCGUUUGCAACAGUUCCAACAGAGUCUUUUGAGAAAGCAGCGACAGUUCCAGAAGAAGAAAGAGAAAGGUAAAGACCCCAAGCCUACAAUGGCCGCUCUUCACUUAGCGGUGGCACUGCGACGGUUCGAUGAAGACGAGGACAGUCGGCUAAGUGCUGAAGAGGUCCACAAGUGCUUCGAGAGCUUCCAGCUGGGAUUUUCGUCCAAGGAGCUGAACGAGAUCAUUGGACUAAUCGCAGACGCCCGCUUUUCAGACGGUGACAAGGGACAUGAACAGGGCAUUCCGAUGGAGACGGUCUGCGCGGCUUUUGGUAUCUCACGCGAUGAUAUGAAAAACGCGCUUCUUCGCGAUGACCAAGAGAGCGCUCGUGCUGCAGCGGGUCUUGAUGCUGAGGCUUCGUGGGCUUGUCCUGUGUGCACGUACGCGAACGACGGUGCUACGGACGUGUGCGGUGCCUGUAACGAGCCCAACCCGAAGCACCAGGACGAGGACGCACAGCACCAGCAGCAGCAACAGGGAUGGCGCUGUAGCAACUGCACUUUCAUCAACCAGCCGGACGACGUGUGCUGUGCUAUCUGUGAGCUCGACAUGGACGGACAGCGUGGCGUUCCUCGCGGCAAGUGGGUCUGUGCGGGCGAGCAGGGUGGCUGCACAUUCUUCAACCCCAUGACCAAUUUCUACUGCGAGGUGUGCAAUCGCGCACGUCCCGACCUGGCGUCCACUCACUUCUGA